UAUGUGAAUUGAAUUCCCGUAAAGAAACAAAGUCUCUUUUCUCCUGUUGCUGCCAACUCCACCUGAAGCUUCCCCAACCCCACGCCACGACGCUUUCCCUCUUUAUUAUUAUUAUUAUUAUUAUUAUUUGUUGAUAGUGUUGUUCUGCAUGCGCCACCACAAUUGAUUCCGAUAAUGGGAAACAUCUGCGCCCGUUUGAAGCGGUCGCAACAACCACCCUCUGCCAAGAAGCGUUCCUCUUCGCGCAGAGAGAGGAAGCUCAACGACGCCGCGAUUCGCGAGCAGGCCAUAGCCGCCGCGAUUCUCUUCAAGCACCACCACCACCAGCAGCAGCAGCAUUUCGAUCGCUCCACUUCGCUUCGGUACCCCAAUGGAGGCUCCAAGAAGAACAGCAGCAACGCCUUGCCCAGAAGUUCCAGUUCCAGGUCGAGGUCCCUCACCGACCCCCUUCUUCAACCGCAUCAGCUUCUUAAUCAGGGUGUGAAGGUCGAUGAUCUUGAGACAAGUCAUAUUGUCCUUGUUCAUGGAGGUGGCUUUGGGGCCUGGUGUUGGUACAAAUCUAUAGCACUUCUAGAAGAAAGUGGUUAUAAAGUAGCUGCCAUAGAUUUAACUGGUUCUGGAGUGAGUUCGUUUGAUACAAACAGCAUAACAAGUCUGUCACAAUAUGUGAAGCCACUUACUGACUUCCUUGAAAACCUUCCAGAAGGCGGAAAGGUGAUCUUGGUUGGACAUGAUUUUGGAGGGGCAUGUAUAUCAUAUGCAAUGGAGAUGUUUCCUGUUAAGAUUUCCAAGGCUGUCUUUAUUGCUGCAGCAAUGCUGACUAGUGGACAAAGUACUCUCGAUAUUAUUUCUCAACAGGCAGGUGGAAAUGAUCUUAUGCAACAGGCUCAGAAUUUUAUAUAUGCUAAUGGGAACGAUCACCCUCCCUCAGCCUUUGAUCUGGACAAGUCAUUGUUGAGGGAUUUGUUAUUCAACCAAAGUCCCGCCAAAGAUGUUGCACUAGCAUCUGUCUCGAUGAGGUCUGUACCAUUUGCACCAGUUCUAGAGAAGCUUUCCCUUUCAGAUCUGAAAUAUGGAUCUGUAAGGCGGUUUUAUAUAGAAACCCUUGAAGACAAUGCCAUACCCAUUUCACUGCAGGAGAACAUGAUAAAUGCUAGCCCCCCAGAAAAGGUUUUCCGUUUGAAGGGGGCUGAUCACUCUCCUUUUUUCUCUAAGCCUCAAGCCCUGCAUAAGUUAUUGGUAGAAAUCUCAAAGAUCCUCUGAGAACGUUCAUUGGCUAAAUUGUUUGUGAAGCCCUACUCACGUUAUAGCUUCUGUAACAUGAAAUAAGAAUGUUCACAUGCCUUUUAUAGCCUAUUAUUGUGUGCAAGUUACAGGUUUCAUUCUUCCUCUUCUUUUUUCUCUUUCUAGAGUUAAAAUUUUGAAAACUAGCUUGUAUAUCCUGUAAUUUGCAACAGAUAUUACUUGCAACGUAAAACUCAUGUUAUAGCGCAAGUAUUACUAGUUAAAAGUGUCAGUAUCUGCUGAUUAGUGUUGCAAGUUAUACCCCUAGAACUAUAGAAAAGAAAACCUGUAACUUGCCACCGAUCCUAUGUCAACAGUGUGUUCACCAUAGCAAGAGAUCAUCACAAUGCAAAGCUUACAUUGCAAGGAAGAAAAAGUCUAGAGCAUCAAAUGUGUUUACAUUCUUUUGAUGUUCCAUUAAUACUGCUGGUUGCAGGAGGUUUACAUUUUGAGAAUACUGGAGACUCCUUGGAACUGCAUUUCUUUACAGUCUGCACUCCCCCCUUUUGUUUUAGGCAGUUUUUCCCAUACUUUUACACGCGACUCUAAUAAGUGUUUUCUUAGCAACAUGAGUACAUAAAUUCCUCAUGCUUUACAGGAUUGCAAGAUAACUGAUAUGCUGUAGUGUUUUUCUUAAUCUCUUGACGUUUUAUGGUGAUUA